AUGCCCAGCUCGUCAGGGGAAGAGAAUGACUCGCGAACCGCGUCUGUUGGCCUCCAACGUACCCGCGUUCAAAACCAAGACUCACACCCGAACAAGCGCCAGAGACGCACACGAGGAAACUCUGCGAAUAGUGACGUCCGCGAUUUCGUUCCCAAGGGUGGCUCAUUUAGUGCGAAACCUCUAGAAGUCGAUCAAGAUGAUACAUCUAGCUCUGGCUCCGAUUCCGACUCCGGCAGCAACUGGUCUGAUGCGAGUCCGAACCCGUAUGCGGGAACGACUUCGCAGGCUGUAAAUUGGAACCAAGGCAAUAAGCGCGCGAUCAGGACUACCCUAGGUGGAAGAGGGAAGCCCCAACGAGGGCCAGAGAAGGAAUCAGACGCCCAGUUCGAUGCAGUAAAUGGCGCGUACUGGCGCAGUCGGAGUGAAUCUGUCUCUACUGGAAAUGGUGAUAAUAGCAAGAGGGAUGAAGGUCAAGACAUGGAAGAAGGGGAGGUAAACGAAGACGCGCCUGUCUUGGACACAUCAGGAGAUUCGGAUGAUUCGGAGUCUCUGGACUCUGAGGCCGAUGAUUCGAUCUUGUUAAACCUCGGUCAAAAGGAAAACGGACAUGUAGGUACAGAUGAAAAUGAUGAUUAUGACCCUGAGAUGCAGCCGUUUGAGGGCGUCGUUAUUUCGAAUGGCACUCCUGGAAAACAAGGGGAACAAAUUGGCACUGCGACGGACGCUUCCAAAGAGGACGCAAUCCGAAUUUUUACGCAGAGAUAUCCGUCUCCACCAGCUGUUAUGACCGACCUAGUUCAAGAGGACAAAGACUUUCAGACCAGGUUUAUGUAUUGGACCGAGUCGAAGGAUCCUCAAAUCCCCAUAUCUUGCACAGAAUGUAUGCAGGAGGGACACAUCGCGCAAGUGUGUCCAUCCAAGGAGUGCACGCACUGCGGUGCCUGGGACAAACACGACAGCAACUUCUGCCCCACUUGGCGAAGAUGCCAACGUUGUCGCGAGCGAGGCCACGAUGAUGCCCAGUGCUCUUCAUUACUGAAAGGUUCUGCCUCUGAAGUCCCCUGUGAUCUAUGCGGUUCGCAAGACCACCUAGAACUCGACUGCGAUUACAUGUGGAAGCUUCCACUCCGUGGUCCAUCGUCAGGACCAGUGCUCGUAUCGAUAUCCUGCUCGCAUUGCACGAGUAAUAAUCAUCUCGCUGGUGACUGUCCGUCGCUACCGAGACCGUUGAAAUCAUCAUCGUGGUCACUAAAAAGAAUCGACCCGAAUAUGGUCACAAAUAUCAACUCCGUAAUUCCUGGCCGGAGUCGACCCGGUCCUGGACCCGUGACUCGGGGUAGAGGGGGAAUGAAGAUUCGCGGCCGGGCAGAGCGUUCGCCAACGCCUGAUAGUGACGAAGACGAUGGCAUGUUCACAAGACCACACCAGCGUCUUCCACCUCCAGGCCGCGGAGGAGGCCGCGGUAAUAUCCGCAUUGGAAGCGGAAUUGGACGCGGGAAGAACCUCGGCCCUGGGGGUUAUCGGGAUCGAAAUGAUUCCUUCGAGGACCGCUCUCGUCAACGAUCGAUGUCUCCUAUUGGAAGACUUGGAUCUGGACCUGGGAGAGGACGAGGAGCUCGUGAUAACUGGAAUGUGCGCUCUCGGUCACCGCCGCGGAGGGGGAGACCUCCACCUCCACCAUUGCGUGGUGGACGUGGACGCGGAGGAGGCGGAGGGGGAGGUAAGCGAGGAGGAGGCGGAGGAGGAGGAGGAGGUGGUGGUGGUGGUGAUGCUUAUCGUCCUAUGCCCAGUGCUGCUAAGAAAAAUUGGGAUAGAUAUCGGUUUUGA